AUGAAGAAUGCCGAUCUGUGGACUCGACCGUGGCUCGGGUGGGCGUUUGUGUACGCAUUCUCCCUCUUCGUGUUCUUCAUCUAUCGCUGCACAAGUCUCGGGUCGCUUUUCGACAUGUACGCGGGCCCUAAGGACGGAACGCUGGGUCUGGCGUUGGGGGCGCUGAGUCUCGGGUUCUUACAAGACUUCGUGUGUGUCACGUACUUCGCCUGUGCGCUCUGGCUGUUCGACACAGUGAAGACUGUGGCCAGCAAGUCUCGUUCACUUCACGCUAUGUGGAAAUGCAGCGCGUUGGUCCGCUGCAGCUGCGUCACAGCUCGAAUGGCUGGCAACAUCGCCAUAUUCACCGUGUCGUGGCUCCUGUUCAUCGCUAUGAUGGCUCCUUUCGUCGCUGACUUGCUCAUCGUGCACAUUCGAGGCAUGAGGUUUUCGUUCGACCUUAUCGCCAUGGCAGUCGAAGAGAAGGACCACAUCAGCGCCUCUCCGAUCUCCAGCGACGAGGUCAACGAAGGCUAUGCGAGCGCAGCAGUUCUCGUCAUUGUGGCUAAAGUAUUCGCGACCAUAAGGACGAAGGCAUCGUGGGCUGAUUUAACGCGCUGGAAUCCGACACUAGCGCUCUCAAACCUCAUUUUGACUCAAUCCGGCAGAAUUACGAAGUCAAAGAAGCUUACGAGGGCCGCCAAGGUCACUGACAAGAAGCUGGUCAAGUCCUCCUCGUAUGUGGAUAUUGACCUCAACGAUGACAAUGGUGAAGCUGGUGAAGCUGAGCCCGUGAAUGCUUAUGAGGACAGGGAAGGGUUGCUUUCAUCCUCGAAAAGGGAAUCAUCCGACGACCCUAAGUUGAAGUACAAGCGCGUUGGAGCGCAGCUCGCUCUCGUCGUCUCCGGUCUGGUGCUUCUCCCUGCUAUCGUUGUGGCGUUGAGCCGAGCGAGUUCCCCCAUUGUUGCAUAUGCUGCCAUGAAUGCGUCACUCAACGAACUGUUCGCUCGUGCUUUGGAGCCUCCACUUGAUAACAAGAGUGAACCCUCUGAGGACGCCUGGGUAGAGCUGUACAUCCACAAUUCUACCGAGAAGCACACGCUGUUCGGCCCGAAAACGCUGUACCGCCGUACUACAGGCUUUGAAGGAGAUCUCGCCUUCGACGUGGACAUCAAUGCGAACAAUCCUCCCAAUGUUUUACUGCUCGCAGUCGAGUCUUUCCAAUUCCACGACUCUCGGUACCUCGUCGGGGAUGAGGACCCGUCCAACUUGUUCAAAGGAACGAACCUCACCGUGACUCCAAACUUCGAUCGGUGGGCAAAGCGUGGCGUUGCUCUUCGUAACUUUUGGUCCAGUGUUCGCACUAGUCGAUCCGUAGAGAGUUUGUUGUUCGCACAGGUCCCGUACGACAGCCCGGUGCAUACUGGCAUGGCUGGGGGGAAGAAAGAUACACGUUUGGAGGGUCUACCCCAGCUUUUCACGACAAAAGGGUACGAAACCUUCUUCACCACAGGCUGCACCACGCACUACGACAGUUGGGAUAUCUUUCUCCCGAUUCAUGGAUUCGACACCGUCUGGAGUAACAACGAGGUGGCCAAACUGGCCGAGAGCGACUUGGGUGUCAAGCACGAAGACUGGUACGGCUCUGAAGCUCGAGGGAUGCACUGGGGUGUGCAUGACGAUCUAAGUUUUCAAAUUCUCGGUGAUUUAUUCGUGAACAAGACGAACCAACAGAAGGAGCGAAUGGCGCAGGGUAAGCCAAAGAAACCACUCUUUCUUACGCACUAUACGAUCUCAAGCCAUGGGCCAUACCAAGAACGCCCCAAGUGGUAUGCCGACGCUGAGAAACCCGACUUCUCUGCGCUUUAUAAAACCGCAGACAACCCGGAACUGCGAAAAGAUUACCUUGAAAUUCGGUAUUUUACGGACGUUGAGCUGGGGAAGUUCAUGGAUCGAAUAGCCGACAGCGGAAUCCUGAAUGACACGAUCGUUGUCAUCGUCGGGGAUCACGGGACCGGCAAUGGAGUGUCGGCCACACGAGUGGCCGGUGCCAUUAUCGCAGAAGGCCGACUAGGUGACAAAGCAGGUCUUGUGAUCGACGAUGCUACUGAGCACUACGACGUCCUCAACACACUGGCGGAUAUCGCCGGAGUGCCCAAGGGAGGAUUCCUACAGGACGGUGUCGGGCGCUCAAUCAAGCGGAAUGUCACCUUUGGCGAGCGGGUUGUCUUCAGCAACGACCCGAAUAAAAAAAUGUCCGUCGUGCGUGGGCACCACCGGCUUCGCUAUGACCGGAUCAGUGACGCAGUUUUCCUGCACAACGCUGACACGGAUCACCAUGAAACUACUGAUUUAUUCCCAGAUCUUACCGAGGAGGAGCAAGCAGAGUGGAUGGCCUGGCGAGACCAUGGGCGGCGGAUUAAUACCUACUACACGAGCCGCUGGGACGGCAAGUGCUUGUUUGCGGUCGACUGCUGA